AUGAGGCUUCUCCCUUUGCUGACAACAGUGGCAGCGGGUUGGCACAGUGUGUCAGCAUCUGACAGGCCUUGCACGGCCUUAAUCCGAAGCAACUGCACGGAGGGACGAUUCCUGCCGUGUGGAAGCUCAAAAGUGGAGCAUCCGCAUGGAGGGAUUGUGCCCGCAAGGGAUGUUACGACGUGCCGAGUACGUGCCGGGCGGGUACGAGCCGGACAGGCUUUGGUCGUACAGUUCACGAGUGGGCCACCGGAGCAGAGAGGGGAGUGCAUUGAGAUUCUUGUGGAGCUCGGGGAGUGUUGGGGUCAGGAUUCCGAUGGUGACUCCUACGACUGCCUCGGUCGCUGUGGCAUUGGCUGUCAAGAGGGUCCAGGACUCUGCUCCAACUGGUCGCGGAACUGCUUGAAGCAUGAUAUCUGCAGCUACUACCACAACUCAAGGGGAGGCGCGGUUGACCCGCAUUGCGGCUGGGCCUUUCAGAAAGCAGAGCAAGACUUCCUGGAACCUUGCUUGACUGACGCGGCUUGCACGGUGCCGCGCUUCAACACUAAAGCGGAAGUGUGCAAAGCCAAAGUUGUUGGCGUUUGA